AUGGACACGUUACUUCUUAAUUCAAUAUCAAGUCCAAUUAUCUUGGAUAAAACAGUUAAAAUUAACAAAUUGAUAAUUCAGUUGACUGGUACAGUAGACGAACGAUUUAUUUCAAGUGUUUUCCUUAAAAAUUUAACCAUAAUUGAUUCUCAUAUAGAAUUACUAAAGAAUAAUUGCUUCGUCGAUUUACCGCUAUUAAAAUCUCUAAAUUUUAUAAAUACAACAAUUGACGUUUCUGAAGAUAACAUUUUUAAUGGUUUAAUGAGUUUAACUUAUUUAGAUGCUUCACAAAUAUUUCAAAAUAAAACGUUGCUAAAAGAAUAUACAUUUCAAGAUAUGCGUAAUUUAGAAGUUCUUAAUAUCUUCAAUUCUGCCUUAGAAACAAUAGAAAAUAACGCUUUUGUUGGACUUUCGAAAUUACAGCAAUUACACUUAGAAGGAAAUAAAAUAUCCUCAAUUAAUCAAGCUUUAUUUCAACCAUUAACAAUUAAAACUUUAAAUCUGUCAAGAAACAAAUUAACAGUUGUUAAUUUAACGGCAAUCACUAACGAUUUACCCAAUUUGCUUGCACUUAAUCUUAGCUCGUCAUCUAUAAAAAUUGUCCAAACCUCAAACUCGGGAAGUCCAAAUACAGUUAAAUAUUUAGACCUCUCAAAUAAUUAUAUUACAAAUCUUGAUUCACAAACAUUUACAUUAUUCAAAGAUUUAGUUGAGUUGCAUCUUCAUAGCAACGAAUUGUCAACAUUUGGGUAUGAAACCUUCAUUUACACAAAAAAUCUUCAAAAAUUGAGAUUAGAUAAUAAUAAAAUUAGUUCCUUGAGGGCUGGUGUAUUGGAUGGAUUAGAACAAUUAUCAUUUCUUAAUAUAUCCGAUAAUAAAAAUUUAUUUUACGAAAAUAAUUUGGUACCGUUUCGAACUCUUAGAAAUUUAUGUACGUUUUAUGUAGAUAACACUAGCUUGAGACGCUCUAUUAUUGAUGUGACAACAUUUAGAAAAACGUUUCCUAGUUUAUCCACAAUUGGUAUUAAUAACAACCAGUUUGCUUGUAUUGAUUUGUUAAAUAUAAUGAUAUAUUUGGAUGAUUGCAACAUUAACUACACGCCUUAUAAUCCAAAAAUUGAUGUAACAAAUUUGAAUGGGUUAACAUGUAUUUAA